AUGACUCCCAGAAGCCCUCCAGGAAGCGCAUUGCCCGAGCCUGCGACUCGUGCUACAAGCGGAAGGCAAAUCAAAUGUGAUGGCGCGGUUCCCAAAUGCAACUGGUGCAGCCAUCAUGACAUCCCCUGCUUGUUUACCAGGGCCAUCACCAGAAAACGAAAACCGAAACACGAUGUCGGGGGCCGAGCUACGCCCGGUUUGGCGGAGCGCAUCGAGCGCAUCGAGAAGUUCUUGACGGACAACCUCUUGAAAGAGCCCACACCAAGUGCAACACCAUCCAGUGAAGAUCGGGAGGAGCCAUGUCGGGAAGAGCCCCAUCGGGAAGAGCAUCGUUUGGAAGAGCAACAUGAAGAGCCCCGUCCGAUACACCAGAGGCUUGACCAGCCGAGGGUGUUUCCUGCUGUAUGUCCGGCGUCGUCUUCAGUUCCCCUUCACUUUGCAGGCCGAGAGCUGGGGUCCGUCAGCUUGUUCACCGGCAUCCCGUUGCUGUUUCCCGAGGGCAAACAAUGGGUACAGUCACGGACGGGACAGAAUGUCUCCGUCAGCAAGCUCGUCAGCUCCAACAAACCGCCUUGGGAAAGGCAACGGGCGCUGAGUUCCAAUGCCCUGGUCACUAACCCGGAGACCGCGAACUCGUUGGAGCUGCCCCAGCGAGAGCUGAUAGAUACCUACUUUAGCAUGUACUGCAGGUCAUUUAUGCGGCGCGUCUUUCCCGUGCUGGAUGUGGUCCUUUUCAGGGAGACCAUCGAUCUGGCCUAUCGGCAAUCCCGCACAAAGUUCUCUUAUGGAAAGGCCAGUCUCAAGGCAUGUAUGUUUGCCUUUUCCGCCUUUGUGUCCCUUCUCCCACCGCCGGAAUUCCUGGAGGAAUACAGGGGCCUACCGCCGCUGGAUGGUGAGGGCUACUUCACGAAGGCGCAAUGUUUAGUCCCUCAGGUUCUUCAAGAAACCUGCUCUUUGGAGGGGUUACAGGUGGUGUCGAUGCUGGCCCUGUUCGAGCUCGUCACUGGUAACCUACAGUCGGCCAACUACUAUGGUUCUCUUGCAGGUCGCAUGAUAUUCCUGUUAGGCGGACACACUAACCUAGAUGUAACCAGCGAUCACGAAUCACCUCCGGACGAGAUUACCAAACGAACACGAAAACAUCUCCGUCAAGUCUUUUGGCUAUGUUAUACUAUCGAGAAAGACGUGUCUCUGCGUACGGGACAACCUCAACAGUUCACCGAAGACAACUGCGAUUUGACACUACCACCCGGGUACGCCGACAUUUUGUUCGCCAGCCACGGGGACUGCCGCCAACCGCCCCCCAGUGACUUGCCAGAUGAUCCAUGGUACCCGGUAGAUAUCCGCCUGAGCAUCAUCAAGUCUCGCGCCUACAGUGCGUUAUACUCAUUCCGAGGGUUGAAGAAAACCGACGCCGAGAUUCUGAAGGAAAUCCGCGAACUCGACGACGAGCUGGAGGAGUGGAGGCUGUCGAUCCCGUUGUCCCACAGACCGACAUUGUCUUUCUCCCAAGAGACCCCGGACCCUCACGCAACCAUGCACUCGGUCAUGCUACGGCUAAACUACCACCUCUGCAUGACCAUCAUCCACCAAGCCAGCGGCCGAUGCAAGUCCUGGUCCACCGAGCAGGGCGGCAUCACCGACGGCGUGAGCUCUAGCCUCGCCCUCUCCGUCGAAGCCAGCCGCUCCACCCUCCUUUAUCUCCAAGCAGCAGAGCAUGUCCUCAUGGACGGCAUAUUCUGGACCCUAAUCUUCUACCCCAUGUCCGCCCUGCUCGCCAUCUUCUGUAACAUCCUUCAGAACCCCUCCGACCCCCAAGCCACCAAAGACCUGGGCCUGCUCAAGACAGCCAUGAGCAUGAUGGAACGCAUCUUCCUGCGCCAGCCGUCCUCUGUCAACGAGAUCGUGCACAUCAAGUUGGUCGCGGAUUUCGUGGCCGAGUUGUAUCGGCUUGCUAGUUGUGCCAUCGAGAAGGCGUGGAGUGAGCGGUCGGUGUAGUUGGCUUGUGGUUCAGUGGCGAGGAUUGGGAUGGAUGGGAUGAGAUGGGAUGGGAUAGAAGUGGAGUUGGACAGGUUGGUACAUACACAAUACAAUACAUACUAUAUAGGUAGAUAUCUGUUUGGGGGUGGCGUUUCUUGUAUACAUCUCAUGGUGAUGAAGGGAGUGGAGUGGACUGGAGUGGGGUGGGGUGUUUCUUUUUCUUGAAAAGAUAUUACGGAUUUGGAAAGAUUUCGACGACAUAUUUCGGACAUAGCUGAGCUUCACCCUCUACAUUUCUGGUGAGCAUCGGG